AAAAACACAAACAAAAAAAAAAACACCAAAGAUGAACAACUUGAGAAGGAAACUACUACUACUCAACACCAACAACAGAAGACUAAUAUCAACAGCAACAAUCAAACCACUACCACCACCACCCACACUCAACUUACCAGUAACCAUCAAACCACCGCCUCAGAAACAGAUCAUCAACCUAAGAUAUGCCAACAAUCCAUCAGAACUGAUCAUCAGGAUAGAGAAACUAGCACGAGAUCAACGACUAGACCUCAUCAUCCAACUCAUCAAAUCAUCAUCCAUCAGAGUAGCAACCAUCUCAGUAUGGACAGAACUAUUCAAACUGCUCAUCCAACUCAACAGACAGAACCUGGCCUACAAACUAUUCCUAGAACUCAAACGAAGACAGAUCAAACCUGACCUCAAGUUCUUCCAUCUCUACUUCCAUCUCAUCUCAACUGCCGAACGAUCCCAGAAACACUUCAGCCUGGAAAGACUCACAUCACUCUGGAAUCAAUCACAACAAUCCAUCAACAACAACAACAACAACAACACUACUACUACACCAGAGGAUCAUCAAGCCUCGAUCAUCAGUCUCACCAAUGCAUACCUCAACUGUCUACUCCAUCAUGGAUACCAUCCAGAAGCAUUCAAGAUCUUCAACUCACUCAAAACACUCGACUCCUCCACACUCUACCAGAUCUCGAGAUCAUUAUCCGGUACCAAGGAAGACUUGCAACGAGCACGAGAACUGAUCGAACGAUUCAAGAAGGAAGAUCAGGAGCCUUCACUUCUCGACCUUCGAACGACCCUCUCACUCGCCAAUCUAUUCCUCAAAUCGAACGACACCUCUGAUCACCAAUAUGCGGCCGAUCUGAUCCAAGAAAGGAUCGGGAUCCAACUGGCCGAUAACCCGUACAAGUUCUGGGCCAAAACCAAACCCCAGCCGAUCCUUGGCCACCUCUCCUCCUCUGAGAAAUCCGACAGCUCCAAGACGAUGAUCCGCUUCGAACCAGGCCAAUUAACUACUCUCCUCAGAAUGCUUCUCAAGAUGAAUAAAUUCGCCUUGGUGCGCAGAGUGUGGACCCAGAUCUCAACUAACCCGGAUCUAUACCUCCAAAGAGAUACAAUCGAUUCCACUCAUUGUGGUUUGGUCAUGAUCGCCAUGGGAAGGUGUGGAGCGAUGGACUCAGUAAAAGGUCUACUACGUUGGAUGAUCGAGUCGGGAAACAAGCGACUACGGCCGACGGGGGACACUCUAGACAAAGCGAUCCAAGCGGCAUGGCAGACGGAGGAUGUGAGUGGGGGGAUCAGUGUGUUGGCCAGCCUGACGCAGACCCAUACGGAACUGAUGGAGCCCGAGGAGAUAGCCCAGGACGGGCUGGUGGAGCUAAUCCAGAAGACCCGCCACCUGGCCCCGCUCACGCCUUCCAACCGUGCCCUGGCCACGCUCCUCCAGGCGGCCGGCCGGGCGGGGAAGAUCGCAGAGAUCGGGCGGGCGUUGGAGGCAGUGGCUCGGUUCCGGAGCCUGCCGGACCCCACACCGGCCGCCGCCCUCGCCGCUCCUGGGGCUCCUAAACAAACCGCUCCGUUCGGAGGACCCGAGUCCUCGGCAGAGAUCGAACGGUAUUGGGUCGACCAAUUCAUCUGGGUGCUCACCGACCUCCUCGAUAAGCUUCUUGCCCGCAACGAUCGCUCCAAGGUCUUCUCUGACUCCCAGAUCGAGAAGUUCGAGGACUGGAGAUCUCUCAUCGAUCGCUCUCUCGCAUCUGAUCCGCUGGCCUCUUCCCUUAGAUCUAGGAUCGAGGUUCGUGCCCAGGAACGCUUGGAUUGGAGGACCUUGCAAUCCGCUUCCCCCUCUCGUCGUCCUUCUUCUCACUCUUCUUCUCAUUCCUUUUCUCGUGUUUCAUCUCAUCGUCGAUCUACCUCUGAUUAUCGUCGGAGAGAGUAGCCCUUGUCUUCUUAACAUACUUCUUCUUUUUCCCCACAUAUUUUUUUUCUUUCUUUCUCUUCUGUUUUGGGUCAAGAGCGAAACAACAACGAAAACUUUAGGACUUUGUUAAAGAACAAGUUCAUACAUUUGUGAAUGAGCAUUACUAUGUACGACGUACUUGUGUUAAGAUUUGGGCUGGUACAAUUGUUCAUGAACAUGAUAGAUCGGCAGUGCUUCAGGAUCAUAUCAAUUCAAACGAGAUCUUCAUUCCAAUUCCAAUUGAGAGGCAGAGAAGGGUGAUCGAAUUUCC